AUGAUUGGAAAAUACAAAAUAUGUGAACCAAUUGGUUAAGGCUAUUCAUGUAAAGUUUAUAGGGCACAAUCGUAGGAAAAUAAUUAAUUUUAUGCUAUAAAAGUGAUAAAUCAUUAAUAAAUGAGUGAACCCUAGAUCAAGUUGCUAGGAACGGAAAUAGAAAUUUUGUAAACUUUAAAUUGUUAAAACAUCAUCAAAUUGUUUGAGAUUAUAAAGAACUCUUCGUAUACAUUCAUCAUAACAGAAUUAUGCUAAUAUGGGAGCUUAGAAGGUAUAUUUUAUAAAAUACUUCAUAGAUCAAAUGAAUAAAAAUAAAUAGUUUAAUGAAGUGCAAGCGUUGAAUUUUUUGAAUUAAAUGUGUAAUGCCUUAUUGACGUUAAAGAAGUAAAGUAAUAGAAACUCGUUAUUUAGAAAUAAUACAUAAUGAUAUUAAACCAUCUAAUAUCUUUAUUUCAUAGAAUUGUUUCAAACUAGCCGAUUUCGGAUUCGCAAUCAAAGAAAAUUCAAAUUACCAAUUUAAUUUCGGAAGUCCUCUGUACAUGUCGCCAGAAACACUAACAAAUAAUUAGCAUACCUAUUAAUCAGAUAUUUGGUCUCUUGGAAUCACACUCUAUUAGCUAAUACAUGGUUAUACUCCUUUUAAAGCAUAGAAUGAGAAGGAACUUCUACUUUGUUAUCUCAACAAUCCUAUUUAAUUCAAUAAGGAAAUCAGUCCUAAGAUGCAAGCGAUAAUCUCAAAUAUGUUGGCCAUAGACCCUUAAAAGAGAAUUACCAUUGAGAAAUUACAGAUAUUAAUUGUUGAGAAGGAGAACAAUAUGACAUCGUCGUUCCAUUAACGAACUAAAUCUUUGUCGUAUGAUAAGUAGCCGUUCUAAUUUAAGGAGCAGACAUUGAAUAUUUGUUUAUUUGUGAAAUCGGUGAGACAAGAGAUCCAGGAUAAUGAAUUGUUGACGUAUGCCCUCACUGGAUUAAUACUUUACUAUACAAAACAGGAGCAAGGUAAACUAUAAAGAUGUUCUAGAGAAUGAAUACAAUUAGAUUACAGUGAUUGUAUAGUAAUAGAAACAGCCAAAUAUCUUUUAAAUGGUAAAAAGCGAUCUCCUAAAAUUUUGCAUGUCGUAAUUGAUAUUCAGUAUUAAUCUACUUGCUGAUUAGCUGAAGUAAUUAAAUCCAGUAUAUAUUUAAUUAAUAUUAAUCAGAAUUUCUAUCACGUUUAAAAAGGCAAUGUCAGGUUGUUGGUUAAUUUAUAUAAUUUAUAUAUGUUUUUAAGAUCUGGUGAAUAGAACAGGCCAUUAGCACUUGCAAGUUAAAACAUUACAUUUUAAGAAGCCUAACAAUUGCUAAGCUAGAUAAAUAUUUGA